AUGGCCAGCUCAGCAGAUUCUCUACCUCACCUACGAUGGGGCAUCCUAGGCACAGGAUGGGUCUCCUCAAUGUUCCUCCGAGACCUCCUCACCACUCGUCCCGACGCCAAAGCAAAACACACCAUCACAGCCAUCGGCUCAUCGUCCAUCGAAAAAGGAACUUCUUUCGUUGAGAAGCUUUGGGAGAAAGCGCCUGAUAAACCCAAGCCUCAAGUCUACGCUGAUUAUCAGGGUGUUUACGAUGAUCCAAAUGUGGACAUCGUGUAUAUCGGAACUCCGCACUCGCUGCAUAGAAAGAACUGUCUCGAUGCUAUUGAAGCUGGUAAGCAUAUUCUGUGCGAGAAGCCAUUUACUAUCAAUGCGAAGGAGGCAAAGGAUAUUGUGGACGCGGCGAGGAAGAAGGGUGUUUUUGUCAUGGAAGCUGCCUGGGUGAGAUUUUGUUCACUGUUCGAGGCGUUGCACGAGGAGAUAAUUGUCAAGAAGUCCAUCGGUGAAGUCCAACGGAUUUCCAUUGACUUUGGAAACAAGUUUGAUCUUAGUUCUUUGCCCGAUAAUCAUCGUCUCAAAGACCCCGCGCUUGGUGGCGGCGCGUUGCUCGAUAUCGGAUUUUAUACGCUGACAUUUGCUUCAAUCAUUCUUGGUGAUUGGAAGGUUGGCAAAGAUCAUCCAAAACCGACAAAGGUUCUUUCGUCGCUGGAUAUAGUGGACGGCAUCGACGCCGCCAAUGUUGUUGUUCUCGAAUACCCCUCCACCAACGGAGGUGUCAAAACAGGAGUCUGCACAUCAAGCUUCCGAUACCGAGGCCCCGACGAAUUUGGCUACAUUCAGGGCACCAACGGAAGUAUUACCCUGUUCGGUCCCGCAGUCAGUGUCCCUGGUGGAUUCCGCGUCACUGAAGGAGAGCGCCCGGGUCCUCCUGCAGCCGAUACCAGAGCAACACGUGUGUUCAACGUGGAGCGACACGAGGGAACGUUGGGAUUUUACUGGGAAGCCGAUGCUGUUGCGCAGGAUAUUGCUGAGGGAAAGACGGAGAGUGAUGUUGUUCCGUUGGACGAGACUCUUCGACUGAUGGAGUUGAUGGAUGAGAUUAGAGCUGCGAAUGGUCUGAAGUAUCCGCAGGAUGAGAAUUAG